UUUUAAUCACCCAAGGGAAUAGACACAGAGCAAAACAUCACAAGAGAAACAAAAACAAAAGAAAAAAGAGAGAGACUUUGAUCUAAGAUUUUCUAAAGUAAAGAUGUCUUCAGAAGUCUUCCAAGAACAUUUCAUGGACAGUUUCAUCUCCAGAAAAUUGCUUCAGCAACUCCCAUUUGAUCACAACAUUCACCAACAAGAAGCUCAUGUACCUGACAAGAACAACUUGAGCGGCAACGUUCUCAUGGUUCUCUCUAUCCUUGUCUGCGGUAUCAUCGGCUCCAUCGGUUUGCAUUACGUAAUCGGUUGCAUAUUCAGACGUUCCUCUAGUUUCAUGAUAGCUGAUCCAAUCUCUAGCCCGUCCACGUCACGAGGCUCAGCAUCUAAGAAAGGCAUCAAGAAGAAAGCUCUGAAGAUGUUCCCGGUAAUAAAAUACUCACCUGAGAUGAACCUCUCAGGGCUCGGUGAGGAGUGUGUCAUUUGCUUGUCUGAUUUCGUGGCGGGAGAACAGGUACGGCUGCUUCCAAAGUGUAACCACGGGUUCCACGUUCGAUGCAUAGACAAGUGGCUUAAGCAGCAUGUGACUUGUCCGAAAUGCAGACAAUCUCUGGUUGAGACAUGCCAAAAGAUCUUAGGCGACUGCGAUGUAGCUGAUCAGGUUGCAGAAACACCAACGGAGAGCAUAAAUGUCGUAAUUGCUCCUCUAGAACAUGAAGCAAGAGUAAACACUUAUAGAGAAAACAGCUAGAGUAUUCCAACAAAAAAUAUUAGAUUUGAAUACAGUUUAUGUUUCUAGCCAAUAGGAUUCCAAAUCAGACACAAUAAAGCUUUUUAUUUUUAUUAGUUUUUUUCAUGAAACCCAAAAUGUAAAGAUAAUUUAUCUUAAGCUUCCCGUGGCAACGUAAGUUCAUCGCUAUUAAAAUUAUACACUCCUAUGAAAUAUUCAAAAUCAAAACCAUCAUCUGGUUUGAUAAA